CACAACCCUAACCCAUACCCGAAAACGGGAUUCAUUAGAUACCGAAAACGGCGGAGACGUCCCUAUCGGCAACCUCAGUCUCGUACCUCAUGAUCUGGCUGUCGCAACUUCUAGUUCUACGUUAUGCUCUCCCCUCUCCCUCUCUCCCUCCCUGCUGGCCGAUCGAAGUGAAUAGCUCUGCUGUUUAGCUCCUCGCCGACGAGCAGAGAGGCGGCCAGUUGAAAACUCUUCCAUCUGCUUGGAGCCCUAGCAACCGCGGGGCCGUCCAUAGCUUCUACUGAUCCGGACGGCGUUGUUUGGCUGCUCGCCAAUCGAAAGAGUGGGAUGAAAGGGCUCUUCAAGUCCAAGCCUCGUACUCCGGCUGAGGUUGUGCGGCAGACUCGCGACCUGCUCAUCUUCAUCGAUCUCAACUGGGGUACUCGCGAGGUCAAGUGCGAGGAGAAAGUGUUUGAGCUCUCCAAACUUUUCCGGGAAUUAAAGUCUAUUCUAUAUGGGAAUAGUGAAGCUGAACCAGUGUCUGAAGCAUGCGCACAACUUACCCAAGAGUUCUUCAGAGAAAACACCUUGCGCCUGCUAAUAACCUGUCUUCCAAAACUAAACCUGGAGGCUCGAAAAGAUGCUACCCAAGUGGUUGCAAAUUUGCAGAGGCAACAAGUCCACUCACGAUUGAUUGCUUCUGAUUAUUUGGAAGCAAACAAAGAUAUUUUGGAUAUUUUGAUAACUGGAUAUGAGAAUAUGGAUAUUGCUUUACACUAUGGUGCAAUGUUGAGGGAGUGCAUUCGACAUCAAUCCAUUGCAAGAUAUGUUUUGGAGUCAGAAUACAUGAAAAAGUUUUUUGAUUAUAUUGAGCUCCCAAAUUUUGACAUAGCAUCCGAUGCCACUGCAACUUUCAAGGAACUUUUGACAAGGCAUAAAUCAACGGUAGCGGAGUUUCUCUCUAAAAACUAUGAUUGGUUUUUUGCAGACUUUAAUGAGAAGUUGCUAUCUUCUUCCAACUAUAUCACAAAAAGACAAGCUAUCAAGCUUUUGGGAGACAUAUUGCUUGAUAGAUCAAAUUCUGUGAUUAUGUUGCAAUAUGUUUGUUCGAAGGAUAAUAUGAUGAUUCUAAUGAAUCUUCUGAGGGAAUCAAGUAAAAACAUCCAAAUAGAUGCAUUUCAUGUGUUCAAGUUAUUUGUAGCAAACCAGAACAAACCGGCUGAGAUUGUAACCAUACUAGUCACCAACAGAAACAAGCUUCUUCGGCUCCUGGGUGACUUCAAGCUGGAUAAAGAGAAUGAACAAUUCGAUGCAGAUAAAGCCCAGGUUAUGAAAGAGAUAGCAUCACUGUAACUGUAGCCAGGAGGUAAUUUUAUCUUCUCUUUCCUGAUGGGGAAAGACUUCAUGUUGUAAAAUUGUUGUAAAAUAUUUGAUGGAAAUUAGAAGCUUUGAUCUCUCAUCUCUUUGAAAUUUCUGUAAUUGAGAGGGGAGUAACAUAAUAAAAUUUUAGAGAGAGAGAAUAUAAGUGCUGCAGCCAUCAGAAUCAUGUGUUUGUAGGGAGUAAGUUUGAGUUGUAAUGACAUUCUAGAGAAAACUUUGGAGAUUGUUUGCUUUA